UUCAGUCUAUCAUUCGUUCUGGAUUAAUGCUCCUGGAGUCAUUAUGUGGUUCAGAUGCAUGUAAACGAUCUAUUGCUAAUUGGUCACUUCAUGAUGUGACUGGUCCACAACUUAUUAUCGAUGUAUAUGAAGGCCAUAUCAAAAAUCCUAUUGUUGUAAGGUAUGCAGCUGGUGUAGUUGCCGCCAUCACUCUACGACAACCUGAUCUUGGCAAAUUGCUUGUUGAAGCUGGUGUAUCUGCAUAUCUUAUUAAGACUCUUGAUUUGUAUAUGUCAAACACUACAACUGUUCGAAUUGUAUGCAGAGCUAUACCUAAUAUUGUCUCAAGAUCACCAGAACUACGAACUUCCUUUUUAACAUUGGAAUAUGGUACAGGUGAUACUGAUCUAGAAAAAUUAUUGAAUGUAGCCCUAAAAAACCCUUCUUGUUGUGAUCAAGCUAAAGCAGCUCUUCGUGAUCUAAACUGUGCAGUUGAAUUUCAAGAACCUUGGAAAGGACCUCUGAAGUCUGUUGUGAUGGAUAGAUAGUAUUUGAUUUUUGUUAUAUAAACAUUUUUAAUAAAAUAC